AUCCACUCCAACUACGCUUACCCGCUGUUUUCUCUCUUCUCUGACGCCAAAAAACCCCAUUUUUCUUCCAACUCACUCCACAUGGACCCACCACCACCUCCUCCACCAGCGGCUCCACCUCUUACCACUACACCAGCCGCCGUCGUCACCACCACCAACAUACCCACCCAACUAAACGCGCCCACCUAUACUGAAUCGAUUGACUCUUCCCCACGUUCACGCAACACAGACUCCUGGGAUGACCCACCAGCUCCCGCCGCCGGUGGAGCCGUCAUCACGAAGCUUAGACUCAUGUGCAGCUACGGCGGCCAUAUCGUGCCCCGCCCGCAUGACAAGUCGCUCUGCUACGUCGGCGGAGAUACCCGAAUCGUUGUCGCGGACCGCCACACGACCCUCGCGUCCCUUUCUUCACGCCUCUCCCGGACUCUCCUUAACGAUCGGCCGUUUACUCUAAAGUACCAGCUCCCGAGUGAAGACCUGGACUCUCUCGUAUCCGUCGCAACCGAUGAGGAUUUGGAGAACAUGAUCGAUGAGUAUGAUCGGACAUCCGGGAGUUCUUCAAUACCAUCUCAAUUGAGGCUUUUCCUGUUCCCUUUGAAGCCCGAUUCGUCACAGUCGAUUGGGCCGCUUCUGGAAAAUCAUGCCAAAUCUGAGGACUGGUUCUUGAAUGCGUUGAACGGGGCUGGGUUGUUAAACAGGGGAUUCUAUGAUUCGGCCUCGGUGAAUAGCCUACUGGGUCUAGAUGAUGAUGCUCCAAAUGGGAAUAAUCUCGUGGGAGAUACGGAGGGUUCACAGAAGAAUGUGAAGCAGAUUCAAGGACAGGAAGUACACUCAGUACCAGAUUCGCCCAUGUUAGAGACCACAUCGUCUUUUGGGUCUACAUUGUCAUCGCCUUCGUUGGCGAAUUUGCCCCCAAUUAGGGUGCAUGUGGAGGACCGUGGUGGUUUUAAAAUUGAGCAGGAGCAGAAGGUUGUAGGGAUUGAGGAGCAAUUUGUGCACAUGGGUUUUGGUGCGGGACAAAAGCAGGAUGAGGGUUUUGUGGUUUUUUCCUCGGCUCCUCCGCCUCCUAUGCCAGUGACAAUUGCAGUGCCUGGUAUGCCCGUGAGCUCGGGGGUUGUUGCUGGGGACUAUUCCAAUCGGGUGAUCUCCGAUGAUGAGAGAUCGGACCAUGAUGGCGUGCCGGUUGGCUAUCGGAAACCACUGACACCACAGUCACAACAGCAGCAUCAGCAGACUUUGCUUCCACAGUCACAACAGAAGUCAAGCGGUGGCCUUGAUUUGGCUUCCCCAGAUUCAGUUUCAAGUGAUAGUAGUUUAACAAAUGCAAUAGCUCGCCCAAAACCAGUCACUUAUCAAGACCAAAUUGUUCAAGUCCCCACUGGAGUUAACAGGUUUCCUGCUACCCCUGUUGAUACAAAAAUGAACGUCUCUGAUCCAAACAAUUGGGUCCAAUUACAACAACAGUUUCAAGAUUCUGGUUAUGUGUUGCAAUCCCAAUCCGAGCAGCAGCUGCAACAACAACCACCACCACCACAACAAUUCAUUCAUGCUGGUACUCAUUACAUUCAACAACACCCAACUGGAACAGUACCGAUCUCUGGAUAUUAUCCUUUGUACCCUUCCCAGCCACAACACCUGCAACAACAACAUCAGCUUGAUCAUCAAUUCCCAAUGUACUAUAUGCCCGCUCGACAACAACCCCAGGGUUACAAUUUGCCUGUGCAGCAAUCUAGUAACAGUGAUGCCCCCAAUACUAUACCUUCGAGCUGCUCCCAAACGCCCCCAAAUCCUACAGUUGUGGCUCCUUCACCAGGAUACAAUCUCGUGAGAAAUGCUCCUCUUACUGCUAAGCCGGAAAUGACUGCUUCCAACGUGUAUAGAACAGCAACUGCAGGUGGAACACCAUUGCUUCAAGUGCCUUCAAGUCAACAUCAGCAGCAGUUUGUUGGUUACUCCCAGAUUCAUCAUCCUUCGCAGUCCGGUGCCCCCCCUUCUACUGCAACUGCAAAUUUUGUCUAUGAAUACACAAAUCCAGCUCACCCCCAUGUAUACUACACUCAGCGUUUAGCACCCUCAAUGCCUUCUCAGUACCAAACCAUGACUACUGCAUCCGGUGUAGCAUUGCCAGAUGUUUCUCUUCAGGUUCCCACAGAGAACAUCAAGCAGCAGAUUAGAACUACACAAGCACAGUAAAUCUGUCAAGAAAGAACAAUUUUGAGGAAAGGGUUUACUUUAUAUUGGUAUUGGUUUGUGUUAUGUAUUUGUGGUAGAUAAUAAGGAAACUAUGUUUUGCUGUCUCAUGUUUUUUUGUUGCUGUUGUCAUAGGAAAGGAAAGUGGUCAAAGAGUAUACUGUGAAAGCUCAAAACUCAUAUUGUGCGCUUGUGCAGUUCAGUUAUCCAUUACUGAAUAAAUUUUUAUGUAAUUGGCAAUUUUGUUUGAAUUAUAUAUUUGAUUAAGGUGUUUGUUUUA